CAGUGGGACGCGAAGCAUAGGGCAACCGCAGCAGCAAUAUGCGCGAGGCGUCGAUCUACGCCCUUUGCCUCUGAGUCUCUGAUUCUCUUCUCUUCCAUUUUCGCCUCUCUCUCUCUCUCCUGUCUCCGUUUCUCUCUCAGUUUAGGAUGACUGAACCAUCAAAAGUUAUUCACGUCCGAAAUGUUGGCCAUGAAAUAUCGGAGAACGAUUUGCUUCAGUUAUUCCAGCCAUUUGGUGUCAUAACUAAGCUUGUGAUGCUUCGUGCUAAAAAUCAGGCACUUAUGCAGAUGCAAGAUGUUCCAUCAGCAGUUAAUGCUUUGCAGUUCUUCGCAAAUCUUCAACCAAGCAUUAGGGGGAGGAAUGUUUACGUCCAGUUUUCAUCACAUCAAGAGCUAACUACCGCAGAUCAGAAUGCUCAAGGACGAGGAGAUGAGCCAAAUCGAAUACUCUUAGUCACAAUCCAUCACAUGCUGUAUCCCAUUACAGUGGAAGUGCUGCAUCAAGUAUUUUUCCCACAUGGAUUUGUGGAGAAGAUCGUGACGUUUCAGAAGUCAGCUGGUUUUCAGGCUCUCAUUCAGUAUCAAACUCGCCAAUGUGCUGUUUCUGCUAGGACUGCACUACAGGGACGUAAUAUAUAUGAUGGUUGCUGUCAGCUAGACAUUCAGUUCUCCAAUCUUGACGAGUUACAGGUGAACUACAAUAAUGAACGUUCAAGGGAUUUCACCAAUCCUAGCCUGCCUUCUGAACCAAAAGGCCGGUCAUCUCAACCUGGAUAUGGUGAUACGGGAGGCAUGUAUGCACUUCAAGCAUCUGGAGCGAGACCAGUUGCAUUCCCACAGAUGGCCAAUGCAGCUGCUGUUGCUGCAGCAUUCGGAGGAGGUUUGCCACCUGGUGUUAGUGGGACAAACGACAGGUGUACAGUCCUUGUGUCCAAUCUGAACCCAGAUAGAAUAGAUGAAGACAAGCUUUUUAACCUUUUCUCCAUUUACGGUAACAUUGUAAGAAUUAAGCUUCUCCGGAAUAAACCUGAUCACGCACUUGUGCAGAUGGGAGACGGUUUUCAGGCAGAAUUAGCUGUGCACUUUUUGAAGGGAGCAAUAUUGUUUGGCAAGAGAUUGGAGGUCAACUUCUCAAAGCAUCCCAACAUUACGCAAGGGGCUGACACUCAUGAAUAUGCUAACUCAAAUCUUAAUCGUUUUAACCGAAAUGCUGCAAAAAACUACCGCUACUGCUGCUCCCCAACAAAGAUGAUUCACAUAUCAUCUCUAUCCCAGGAAGUAACUGAAGAAGAAAUAGUGAGUCUCCUCGAGGAGCAUGGGCCGAUUGUCAACACCAAGCUCUUUGAGAUGAAUGGGAAAAAGCAGGCACUCAUCAUGUUUGACACUGAGGAGCAGGCGACUGAAGCUCUUGUUUGCAAGCAUGCUAGUUCGCUUAGUGGGUCGAUCAUUCGCAUUUCGUUUUCCCAGUUGCAGACUAUAUGAAGUUAACACGGCAUUAAACAAGUAAGAAGUGAUGGAUUCUUAAUGCUUAAUUGGGGUUGAGGAUUCAUAAUUUACGAGGAUUUUAAAAAUGGAGAUGGAUGAUGGUGCAUAAUGUCUUAAUUCUUGUAACAGUUAAUUUGUCUUUGGAUUUUUCGUGGAUUGUACUUCUGCUUUGUUGUUGUCUCAAUUCUUCUCGUCUCAUCUCAUCUCUUCUCUUCUUGUGCUUAUCGAAAUCAUUCUUAAGACUUGUCGACGGAGCUAGAUCUUCAUUUUAUGUUGUCAGUUUUGAAGAAUAGGAAGAAAGAGGGAUUGCUAACCUGCCUUUUUUCAGUUGAGGAUCUCCUUGUUAGGUGCUAAUGUAUAUGUCUGUCUUGUAAUUUCUGGCAAAUCAGGCCAUUGGCUCUUGUAAUUUCAGUUCAUAGUACUCUUAAAUCUCUUCUACCUAAUUUAUUGAUGAACACUUUUGUCUUUGACAA